UUGUUCAUCCGGAGAGAAGCCUGACUUGUCAAAGAAUCAAAUCAAUCAAUACUACGAACAACAGGUGCUUCAGCAAAACAUCGUCCCUUUUGCAAAGACAUCCACAUUGACUCCUCCUCAGACUCCUCCCCCCCCCCGUAUGCUUGACUGUACUCCUUCUACUCCACCACCUCCUCACCUUUUCCUCCAUCCUCUUCCAUGUUGCUCAGUACCCUGGUACAGGAUGAAGCCAUCAGACGCGUGCGCUUUGGAAUCAGCGCUUUGGAUCAGCAAUUUGCUUGAGGACGGGAGCAUCAAACCCUUGCGCAUCAACAACCAGAGUUGCGGCUAGGAGGGCCAACGGAGUGAGUAAAACUUUGCAGGGACAGCUAAAUCACAAUUUUACGGCGAAAAGGUUCCGACAGUACCGACGUGGCCCCUCGCCGCAGAAACAGCUGUUGCAUCUUGUCCCAGAAAUAGACUCGGACGAUUCAGCACGUUAUGGCGCGAUAUUGAAGCUCCUUAGCAACUGAUGAGGACGUGCGACGUCGGGAUGACCAACCGGUAUUUGACGACCGUGUUUUUCACCUCGUUGGAGAGUCGAGCGGGGAAGAACAAAGUCAGCGAGAGGGAGAAGGGGAGGGGACCAAAGAGCCGGCGAGGGAAGGUGUGAAGCCAACGUUCAGAGAAAGGAAUCAAAGCGCCACGCUGACAGGCAAAAAGCCGGAGGGAGUCAAAAACUGCCAAGCGGAAGGAGGAAAGAAAGAAAAAAAAAAACAAUUGACGGUAUCAAAGAAUUGGCCGAACGCCCAUUUAAUGCCGGAGGAUUGCGUUUUGCCGACAAAGCCACGAGGGGUUAAUUUUAUUCUCCAUGAAGCCGCAGAGAAGACCUUCCAGCUAAUUUUUCAACCACCAACGGGGCAACUAGCACACCAUCAUGGAUGUCCCUCCUCCAAACAGCACUUUUGACAACACAACGCAUACCCAGGCCGCCCCUCAUAGCCUUUGGGAGGUUAUCACCAUAGCAACAGUCUCUGCCAUUGUAAGCUUGAUCACGAUUGUAGGUAACGUUUUGGUCAUGGUGUCCUUCAAAGUUAACAGCCAGCUGAAGACUGUUAACAACUACUACCUACUGAGUUUGGCUUUUGCAGACCUCAUUAUCGGAGUGCUCUCCAUGAACUUAUACACGACAUAUAUACUGAUGGGUUACUGGUCCUUAGGAAGCCUCGCGUGUGAUCUCUGGCUAGCUAUGGACUAUGUAGCCAGCAACGCUUCUGUGAUGAAUUUACUGGUCAUCAGCUUUGACAGAUAUUUCUCCAUCACGAGGCCGCUGACUUACAGGGCUAAGAGGACUCCAAAAAGGGCCGCCCUCAUGAUAGGCCUUGCGUGGCUGGUGUCGUUUGUCCUUUGGGCACCGCCAAUUCUGUGCUGGAAGUACAUUGUAGGGGAAGAAAAGGAAUCCGAGGACCAAUGCCAGAUUCAGUUUUUAACAGAGCCAGUGAUCACAUUUGGGACAGCCAUUGCCGCUUUCUACAUCCCAGUCUCCGUCAUGACUAUUCUCUACUGUAGGAUCUACAAGGAGACGCAGAAGCGGACCAAGGAUCUGGCAGAGCUGCAAGGGCUCACGAGCGAUCAUGUCUCCGAGGGAGCUCAACCGCAAAAACCCACCAUUCGCUCUUGUUUCCAUUUCACCAGAGAGAGGAGAGAAAGGAGUCAGGCUUCCUGGUCGUCCUCCAACCAAAGUAACGUGACAAAAACCACCAUUAGGUCAGAUGAAGUGUGGGUGAAAGCUGACCAGAUCGCCUCCUUUAAUAGCUACUCCUCAUCUGACGAGGAGGAGCGUCACAUUUCCAUCGAGACCCCGCAAGGCUCUUUGAGAGAUACCGGUCCCAAUGACAAGAAUGGCCAAGCGACGGAUUACGCAGAUGAUCAGUAUUUCUCAACCCCUUCUAAGGAGAGUAGUAAGAAGUGCAUUUCGUAUAAGUUCACACCUAGCUCGAAGGGUAUCAGCGGCAGCCCUGCGCCGGCAGCUCCUCGACCUCCCGAUGCCGAGCGGAAAAACGCUUCGCCUUCCUCCUCCACUGCCUCCAAGCCGAUGGACGCGGGCCUCAAGAACCAGAUCACCAAGAGGAAGCGAAUGGUACUGGUGAAGGAGAAGAAGGCGGCCCAGACACUCAGCGCCAUUCUGCUGGCGUUCAUCCUCACGUGGACUCCGUACAAUAUCAUGGUGCUGAUCUCCACAUUUUGUACCACGUGCAUCCCCACGUCCCUUUGGCACCUGGGCUACUGGCUGUGCUACGUCAACAGCACCGUCAACCCCAUGUGCUACGCCCUGUGCAACAAGACCUUCCAGAAGACCUUCCGUAUGCUUCUGCUGUGCCAGUGGAGGAGGAAGAGAGGUGAGGACAAGCUGUACUGGUGCGGACAGAAUGCGAAUGUUAACCACAAAAUGACUUGAUGGUUAACUCAUGAUUUUGUUGCCCGUUUACCUAGCGGAGUCGUGGUCUGCCCGCCGUUCGGGGCGUUUGUAAAGGGGUGGAGUCGGUCAGCAAUGAGAACCGGUAGACCACCAAUGUCCGCCAGUAUCGCGGCACACGAGUUGCUUUUGUCAUCGCGUUGCUCUUCCCGGUAUGGUCUAUUGUGUCGUCGGCAUGAAGUGCUGCAUGUGAUUUAUUUAUUUACUUGACUUACUUUUGUGAAAUACACGUCGGUCAGAACAUUUUAAAUGAAUCAGAUGUUCCUCCGCAGUUGUUAAUUACAAAACAACAGUAAGAAAGAAACUUGAACAAGUGUAUUGUUAUUAUUUUCAUUAGCUGUUAAGUUAUUUGUGUUUUGCCACCCAAAGUGACAAUGUUGUGUGUGCGAUCAUAAAGGCUGCAUGUUUUUAAAUGUGAAAUUCCUUUCAAACAUUCACAGGUAUGCCACAAUGUCGGCUUGAAAUUAAAAAAAUGAUUUUUCCUGUUAAUGAGUCAUUUACAUUAAGGCUUAAUGACUUGAAUCAACAUGAACUUUUCCUUACUUUUUUCCAUCGAACUGGUUGCAGUGCAUUUUGUUCCAAGGGCUAAUCUCUGGAUCUGCAUUACUUCCAACAGUGGUAAUAUGACAUUCGGAAUGAAUUGCUCAUCUGCUUUAUUUAUCGACAUUCGUAUUAAAGUACAAAAAACUAUUCAAUGUCAUGUGUCGACAACUCCUAUAUCAAGUAAAGUGCAGUAUCCAUAACGCCCGGCUUGCCGUAUUUCUCGACGAUUGAUGUCUGACGCUGUAAUAUUAAGAAUCAUUGCAGACUUUUGAUGAUGUCGUGUCCAACUCUGUGCCUUCCGCUCAGAGGCCGAAUGCCAUUUUGUGAUCGAAUCUGUGCUCAUUGUCUGUGCGGUUCAGUGAAAGUGAAUCUGUGUGUAAAAAUUAGAGGAGUGAAAUGAGAAAUCUUGUCACAGCCCGUCUGUCCUGACCUAUUCAGUUGAGAUGAUUAACUCGGUCGAGAUUUUAUGAUGGCUAAAUCGUGAAGGUAAGCACUUAGCUGAGCUCAGAAAAUGAAGUUUUGCAACAUGGCCUCCCACCAUUCUCUGCUUGUUUGACAGGUGAUCAUGUCCACACUUUGUAAUAAUUAACAUUUUUCCUGACAUAUAAUUGUGCAUUUACCAAUUGUGGAUUUACUUUGCCCCGUGAAGUUUUUACUUUUUGUGAGGCAAUCUUUUAGGGAUCUUAACACCAUUUUUGUGUUCUUCAGAAUUCACAUAUUAACAUGGUUUAAAAAAAAGGCAAAAAAAGAAUAGCAGUGCCCUGUGUUCUGAACUUGCAGAAAGGACAACUUAAAAGCCCUUUUGAUUGACACUUUCACUCAUUUAAUAAAUGUCAUUGUGAUAUCUU